GAUGGGGGCGGACAGAACAGACAGGCUGAGAAUAGACAGAGCACUCUGUCCUUGAGACAUGACUGCCCGAGGCUUUCCCAUCUAUAUACCCGGGACAGUCAAACACUUUUACGCGUCUGUCGGACGAACAUGUUGGGCGUGUUUGUCAGAUCCGCGCUGCGGUCUGGCGUGGUGAAGCCGUGUCGCCUGGUCAGACCGGUGACACAGAUCCCAGAGAGGUCCCUGGUGCACCAGGAGGGUUUACCGAAGCUGCCUGUGCCGCCUCUGAAGCAGACAUUCGAGCGAUACCUGGCUGCUCUGGAGCCCAUCGUGAGCGAGGAGGAGCUGGAUCACACCCGGCAACUGGUGGAGGAGUUCCUCAAGGGUGGUGUUGGGGAAAGGCUGCAGAAAGGCCUGGAGCGACGGGCACGCAAGACAGAGAACUGGCUGUCAGAAUGGUGGAUGCAGUCAGCCUAUCUAGACUGCCGUAUGCCGGUGGCGGUCUACACCAGUCCUGGGGUUGUCCUGCCUCGUAUGAACUUCCACGAUCGACAAGGACAGAUGAGGUUUGCUGCCAAACUGAUCGCAGGAGUCCUGGACUUUAAAAAAAUGAUUGACACUGACACCCUGCCUGUUGAGUACCUGAGCAAGAAGCCGCUUUGUAUGGACCAGUAUUACCAGAUCCUGUCCUCCUGUCGCAUCCCGGGCCCAAAGAGAGACACUGUUGUGAAUCACACCAUCGGGAAAACACCUCCCACUCAUAUCACAGUGGUCCACAAUUUCCAGUUCUUUGUCUUGGACGUGUACAACAGCGAUGGCACCCCGCUCACAGUUGACCAGCUGUACAUGCAGCUGGAGAAGAUCUGGAACUCUUCAUUGCAGACUAACAAAGAGCCUGUUGGCAUCCUUACGUCACAGCACCGCAACACCUGGGGGAAAGCCUAUAACAACCUCAUUAAGGACAAGACAAACAAGGAGUCGGUCCGUGCCAUCCAGAAAAGUAUCUUCACGGUGUGUUUGGAUGCUCCGAUGCCGAGGGUGUCCGAUGAGCUGUACCAGAGCCGUGCAGCUGCCCAGAUGCUGCACGGAGGAGGAGCUCGCUGGAACAGCGGCAACCGCUGGUUUGACAAGACGUUACAGUUCAUUGUUGGUGAAGACGGUACAUGUGGACUGGUGUACGAACAUGCGCCCGCAGAGGGGCCACCCAUCGUGUUCCUCAUCGAUUACGUCGUUAAAUACAUACGGAGAACUGAAAUGGUUCGCUCUCCCAUGGUUCCACUGACCAUGCCUCUGAAACUGCGGUUCAACAUUACCCCCGAGGUCAAGAGAGACAUUGAGAAAGCCAAACAAAAUAUGAACAUGAUGGUGCAUGACUUAGACGUGAAAGUUCUCAUGUUUUCUCAUUUUGGGAAAAAUGUCCCAAAGCAACAUAAGCUGAGUCCGGAUGCCUUUGUGCAAAUAGCUCUUCAACUCGCCUACUUCAGGAUGUAUAAUCUUUGCUGCUCCACGUAUGAGAGCGCGUCCUUACGCAUGUUCAAAUACGGCCGGACGGAUGCGAUCCGUGCAACUACUGUAGACUCUUUCAAAUUCGUGCAGGCGAUGCAGGACCCAGCGAAACAGAACGCAGAGAGGCUCGUGCUGCUGCAGAACGCCGUGCAGACGCAUAAGGAGAACACGUACAACGCGAUCCACGGACAAGCCAUAGACAGACACCUCCUCGCGCUGAGGAUGCUGAGCAUUGAAGACCUGACCUCCAUGCCUGAGAUAUUCAUGGAUACAUCUUUCGCUGUGGCUCAUCAUUAUAAUCUCUCCACCAGCCAGGUUGGCUCCAAAACAGACUGCGCAAUGUGCUUUGGUCCGAUGGUGCCAGAUGGCUAUGGAGUGUGUUACAAUCCCAUGGAUGAGCACAUCAACAUUGCCAUCACAGCGUUCAACAGCUGCGAGGAGACGCACGCUGCCAAGUUUUCCCAGGCUGUAGAGGAUGCUCUGUUGGACAUGAGAGCUCUCCUGGAAGACACAGCAACAGCCGAGCAGUGAUCCCACGCCGGAGCCUGGCACGGUGUCGGGUGUCCCGACGGGCUGGACGGGAAGCUGGAGCUGAACCGGUGCCGGAGUCCGGCUGGCAGAACGCCACGCCGGCAUAGACGCACAAUGUACUGAGUGUGCUGGAACCGGUUAUCAGAGGGUUGUGGGAUGUAGAAUAUGUUUUAUUGCCUUUGUGAUGAGGAGAUAUUCGGAGAUGGAAAUUCUAUAUUUUAAUAUAUCAAUGUGUUUAAUAUAUAAACAGAAUUUACUGAUUGUUAUAGUAUGAAUUUUUGUUCCUUGUUUAUACUCCAUAGUUCCUGGUGCGGCCUUCACAAUGAUGCUGUCAUCCCUGAACUUAAAGAUCUUAAAUGCU